CUUUGUAUGCCUAUUUGCGACUCAACCCAAUAUUAUGUUCUGUGUGCAUAAGUUUUAACUUGUCUUUCGUUUUUAAUAAAAUUUAUUAUAAAUCGUUCGAAGCUCAUCUGCGUUUGUUUUAAUGCUUAAAUAUAAAUGAUUUGUUGUAGUGUGGCGGCGAUAAACAUUAUCGUACGUUCGUGACUGGCAGUCGUUUGCGGUUUCCUAUAGUUAAUUAUGCGAGACUAUUGUCGUGCUAUGAUGGUCAUCACUCAUCUCGGAUGAAGGACAUUUGGUGCAUUAAUAUUCCAAAUGUGUAGGGAAAUGUUUCUGAUUCUCGCUUUUUGAUCGAUUUGACAAAACGUACUCAAGCCUAAUAUAAUAGGCUAUGAGAUUUCUACGUAAACUUGAUAGCAGAAUUAAACGCACAGUGUGUCAACAUUUACAAUGUCCAGAAGAUGGUUUCACUCUCAUCUGAACGGUUUGGACGCUCAACGCACACUUUUAGAUGACGGUGUCGAGGGAUCUUUUUUAGUUCGAAAGUCCUACAGUAGAAAGGGACAGUUUGUGUUAUCUGUGCGGCAUGGUAAUAAAGUAAGCCAUAUUAAAAUUCAUAACGAUGGUGAACUUUUUGAUCUCAACGGAGGAGAAAAGUUUUCUACGCUCACCGAACUUGUAGAAUAUUAUAUGACUCAUCCGCACGUAUUAAAAGAACAAGGAGGUAUUCCAAUACCAUUACUCAUACCGAUUGGGUCUGCAGAACCUACAAACGAAAGAUGGUUCCACGGACAAAUUUCCAGACCCGAAGCGGAAUAUUUAAUUCUAGAAAAAGGACGUCCAGGCAGUUAUUUAGUAAGAGAAUCUCAAUCGGACCCUGGCAAUUAUGUAUUAGCUGUAAAUGUUGAGGAUAAAGUGGCUGAAAUUAAAAUAAGAUUUAAUGGUGAAAAAUACGAUAUUGGCGGUGGAGAAGAGUUUUUAUCAUUGAAUGAUUUAAUGAAAUUCUACAGUUUUAACCCAAUGGUCGAUCAACAUGGCUCAGUUAUACAUUUAAUGAAUCCAGUAAAUGUAACUCGUAUAAGUAUUGCUGGAAUUGUGGAUCGUGUAUUUAAAUUAAAGCAUCAAAAAUAUCAUCACUACGCUUUGGGAACUGGUGGCUUUUGGGAAGAAUUUGAUGUAUUACAACAAUGGGAAACAAAAAGAGACGCUACAAAAGAAAUUGGAUUUUUAGAUGAAAAUAAAUGCAAGAAUAGAUAUCGAAAUAUCUUGCCUUAUGAUCAUUCGAGAGUUGUAUUAAAAAAUUGUGAUAAAAAUGUACUCGGUUCAAAUUAUAUAAAUGCCAAUAUGAUUAAGCUUGAACCUUACGCUUUAGCUGAAAAUUACGAAACGCGCAAUUACAUAGUAACACAGGGAUGUUUGCAGAACACAGUUAAUGAUUUUUGGAAAAUGAUAUGGCAAGAAGACUCGCGUGUUAUUGUAAUGAUCACAAAGUUGUAUGAAAAAUCUAAAGAAAAAUGUGUUAAAUAUUGGCCAGAUUUGGGCCAAUCUUGUGUCUACGACAAAAUAACUAUCUUAAAUCUUGGAGAGUACGCACACCAACAAGACUUGAUCGUGAGAAUGUUUGACAUGUCUAUUCCAAAAUUCAGACAUAGGAGGAUAUUCCAAUAUCAUUACAUGGGUUGGCCAGAUCAUGGUGUUCCAUCUGAUGCUGGUUCUCUUCUCGACCUACAAUUUGUUGUGAAUGCGCGUCAGUUUAACAUAGAAGCAGAGUCUGAUGUUUCCCAUCCGCUAACUGUACAUUGCAGUGCUGGCAUCGGACGAACUGGAACAUUUGUUGUGCUAGACCUUCUUAUUGGCCUCAUUAAUCGCAAAGGUCUUGAUUGUGAAUUGGAUAUUCAACGUACUACACAUAUGGUGAGGUCUUUUCGUCCAGGUCUCGUUCAGUCAGAAGCUCAAUACCAAUUUAUUUACACGGCCAUCAAUCAUUACGUACAAACUAUAUGCUCGAGGAUAUCUGCUGAGAAAAAAAUUGAGAUGUUUGGCCGAGAAUACCUAAAUAUUAAAUAUACCGAUGAGCUUUCCACACUAGUCGGGCAAGAAAAUGUGCCAACUUUAAAUCCAUGCACGGCUCAUAGAGUUUUAAAGAACGCUAUGACAUGUAACACAUACCCAACCACUGAUUCACCUUUGGUUUCUCCUACCUUAGACAAACCAAAUGUCGUUGAGCUUCUUGGUUACGAUCCAGGAAAACCUAAUACAUCAUCACCUACAAUGGCAACUGCAGAUUCUUGUCCUAACUCACCUACAUCUAACUUAUUUCAAUUACAUUCCUAUGAAAACAUCACCUCACCCAUAAUAUCAAGUGAAUGCGAUAUUGGACCUCCGCCGUUGGAAGCACCUCCUCCCCCUCCACAGUCGCCGAUUAUUAUAUUAUGACUUAUACAAAUAACUAUUAUCUCUUUUAUUAAUCAAGAAAAAAUUGUAACAAUAUAUUUUUUUAAUCAGUAUAGGCAUCUCAUUUUUUUUUCAUAUUUACAUAUUUCAUUCAUUUUUUAACA